UAGAGUCAAAGAUAUAUGAUCUUAUUUUGGAAGAUGAUGGUCAAAAUUCAUUAGAUUCUUUUAAAUCUAAUGAUGACAGUAAGGAGGAUAUAUACUAUAUGAACAAAGUAGAUAAUUUCGAAAAAGACUUUGAAUAUAAAUUUCAUUAUGGUAUCUUUAUAAAAUUAGAUGAAAAAUUUUUACCAACUAAAUGGUAUAAAAUUACUAUAUCCGAAGUAGAUAAAUUUCUUGCAGAAAUUCAUAACAAUGUAAUCACAUUAACAAAGAAUAAAUCAAUUGAAGCAUGUGAUUAUAAUGUAACAUUUAAAAGUGAAAAAGCUGCAGAAGCCGGAACUCA